CUGUAUAUACUUGGGGUCAGUAUAUUAUAGGAGCAGUAUACAGUAUAUACAAUAUGGCGGCCAGCAUCGUACUAUAUCCCCUGUAUUCGUGCCGUGAUUCGUUUCCCCGAUCUCGCAGUAAUGGACAAUCCCGACUACAAUGGGUUGAAUUCUCCUUCAAUGACUGCGCCGGGAUCAUGUGACCUCACCGCGUUAUCCUCUAACCUGACAUCCGGUUCUUGACAUGAAUGAAAUCCGUGCGCGAUAUUCGCUAAUCCCCCGGCAGAUGAAUGCAGAUGAGGCCGCCGUGUCAGGGAACUUUCUAUAUUUAUCGGCUGCGUUCCGUCUCUAAGGCGACUGAAGUUCUGAAAAUGAUGUCAAGUAACCAACUUCGCCGCGUCGCCAUGGAAACUAGGGAGACAAAAAUGAAUAUUGGAUAUUUUCAGGGUCUCGGUUCGUCGGAUUCGCGGUUGUAGCGGAGUUGUUACUGCGUAGGCAUCAGGGGCCCCCAGGAAUGUUUGGCCCCCAGGAAUGUUUGGCCCCCAGGAAUGUUUGGCCCCCAGGAAUGUAUGGCCCCCAGGAAUGUUUGGCCCCCAGGAAUGUUUGGCCCCCAGGAAUGUUUGGCCCCCAGGAAUGUUUGGCCCCCAGGAAUGUUUGGCCCCCAGGAAUGUUUGGCCCCCAGGAAUGUACGGUGCAGCGGCCUCCUAAUGAUUCUACGGCACCGUUCACACUAUGGAAUUUACACAGCAGACGUUCCACUGCGGAAAUUCCAGACUCCACCGUAUUGCGCUCGGAAACGCGUUUCUAUAUAUGGAGACGGCGCAUUUCCCAGCGUCUUGUUUUGCCGGCGCCCGACAACAUAAUCCGUUCACAAGUCGAUUACUCCGGGAUAUACGCUGCGAGUUGCGAUACCAUUCACCUUUCAAUGGGUCAGCGGAAAAUCCACAAUGGCGGCAGAUUUGCCAAUAGUCCCAUGGACGUGAAUGGUGGCGGAAUUAUCGCCGUAUGAACUCAUUCUAGAGGUGGAAAAUAAAUAAAACCACGUGCGCACGGAUAUUACGGGUUUUUCUGGCGUUUUCUGGCGGAAGAAUCACAUGACUCAAACGAAGAUAAGGAUCCUAGAGGCAAAGAGAAGGAUCAUUCUCCAAAUUGUGUCCCUCCAGCUGUUGCAAAACUGCCGUUGGCUGUCCGGGCAUGCUGGGAGUUGUAGUUUUGCAACAGCUGCAGGCACCCUCGUUGAAGGUUACUACUCUAGAGAAUGAGAGAUGCUGACAGGGCAUGCUGGGAGUUGUAGAUUUGCAACAGCUGGAGGCACCCUAGUUGAAGGUUACUACUCUAGAGAAUGAGCAAUGCUGACAGGGCAUGCUGGGAGUUGUAGUUUUGCAACAGCUGGAGGCCCCCUGGUGGGAGGUUACUGCUCUAGCGAAUAAGAUGCUGUCCGGACAUGCUGGGAGCUGUAGUUUUGCAACAGCUGGAGGCACCCUCGUUGAAGGUUACUACUCUAGAGAAUGAGCAAUGCUGACAGGGCAUGCUGGGAGUUGUUGUUUUGCAACAGCUGGAGGCCCCCUGGUGGGAGGUUACUACUCUAGAGAAUGCGAGAUUCUGACAGGGCAUGCUGGGAGUUGUAGUUUUGCAACAGCUGGAGGCCCCCUGGUGGGAGGUUACUGCUCUAGAGAAUGAGAUGCUGACAGGGCAUGCUGGGAGUUGUAGUUUUGGAAGACAUUUAGAGGUGCAACACAACUAUUGCAGGACUACAACUCCCAGCAGCCUACUGCAACACACGCACACAUCUUAGCCCCGCUUCACCCUGCGCCCCUCAUGCUGGGAGUUGUAGUUACUAAGGUUACUACGCUUAGAACGAGCGAUCAAAGUCACAUGACUCACUGUGCCAAGCCCCGCCCUCCCUGUGACCUGGUGUCCGAGCUACGCACCGCCUACCCGUGACGUCAUCAUUUCCCGGCGGCGCAUGAGCAGGAAGUACGUGCGAUGGACAGUAACGGGCGGCCGUCCCUCGGACAGAUCUUCCUUCUUGCCUCCAGCUCUGCCGUCACCGCCAUCUUCUACUCCAUUUAUCGCCAGAAAUAUCGCACCGCGGAGACUCUGAAGGGCGCCAGGAAGAUCUCCUUAGAUGAUGAUUUACCCGACGUCCUGAUGGAUCUGCCUGGGAAGUGCGUCCCGUAUGCGGUUAUCGAAGGCGUGGUGCGCUCGGUGAAGGAUUCCCUGAACAGUCAGUUUGUAGAGAACUGCAGGGGCGUCAUCCACAGAUUGUCCCUGAAGGAGCACAAGAUGGUCUGGAACCGGACCACCCACCUCUGGAACGACCAAGAGAAAGUCAUCCACCAGAGAACCAACAGCGUCCCCUUCGAGCUGACGCCUGACGACUCCGAGGACACCGUCCGCCCGUCCGUCCGCGUCAUCAAACCCCUGGACGCGGCCGAGCUGGACCUGGAGACGGUCUACGAGAAGUUCCACCCGGCCGUACAGUCCUUCACCAAUGUCCUGGGGCACUUCAUCACUGGGGAGAGGCCGAAGGGCAUCCAGGAGACGGAGGAGAUGCUGAAGAUUGGCGCCACGGUGACGGGCGUGGGCGAGCUGGUCCUGGACAACAAACUGGUGAAGCUGCAGCCUCCCAAAGCCGGGAUGCUCUACUACCUCAGCAGCCUGGACUUCCCGUCCCUGGUUCAGCGCCAGGAGCGCCAGGUCCGGCUGUGGAAGAUCCUGACGGUGAUCUGCGGGGUGGCCACCUGUCUCUCCCUCUUCUUCAUCCUGCGGCGACAGUACCGGCACCGCAAGGAGAAGCUGCGCCUCAGGCAGCUGCAACGGGAGUUCGAGGAGGCCAGAGGCCGUUCAGGAGACGAGGAGGACGAGGAGGCUCGCAACGCCUGCAGCAUCUGUCUCACCAACCAGAAGUCCUGCGUCUUCCUGGAGUGCGGCCACGUCUGCUCCUGCUACCGCUGCUACCAGGCCCUGCCCGAGCCCAAGAAGUGCCCCAUAUGCAGGAACGGGAUCUCCAGGAUGGUGCCCUUAUAUAACAGCUAGAGCCGGAUCGCAACGCGCCGUGUGAACUCAGGAGAGCACUGCUGGACUUUCAUGGUGGCCGCGUUGUUGUUACCCAGAAAGAUUUACAGCUAAAUGAUUGAGCCACUUCACUGGGAAUUCCGGGACAGACCGGAUACACAUCAGCUCUUUUGGGGCUUCGGGCCCGGCCUAGUGCAGAGCGGCUUCCAUGUCACAAAACUACACGUCCAGUAGAGCAGUGGUCUCCAAAUUGUGAACCUCCGGAUGUUGCAAAAGUACAACUCCCAGCAUGCCCGGACAGCCGUUGGCUGUCCGGCCAUGCUGAGAGUUGUAGUUUUGCAACAGCUGGAGGUCCACAUUUUGGAGACCGCUGAUUUAAAGGAUUCAGAGACAUUUUUUUUCGUGCUUGAAAAUCUUUUUAAAAAAUUCUAUUUUUGUGACAAUUAAAAUAAAUUUUUUUUUCUUUUGUUGCAGCUUUUCCAAAGAUUUUGCGCCAUUUUCAGGAUAUCAUUAAAUAAAUACGUAUGACGUGA